UCUCUCUCUCUCUCUCUCCACCGUCCUUGGCGACGAUUAUUGUUCAAACCGUUUUCGUUCUUAUGAAUCUUCUCUUGGAUCACUCCGACCACCCCUUCUUCCGAGUACGAGUGCGACUACACACGACAGGCGAUUCACCUAUGGCCGUCAAUUGAGGGGUGACAUUCUGUCUGACACAAUUGUUUAUUGUUGGUUGCGAUGGACGAUAGCCAUAUCUUGGGGGACGACUUGCCGCUCCCCCCGGCGCGGCUCUUUGAGAGGUUGGCACAGCUACCUGGAUACACCUGGGAUCAGUCCGUUGAGCCGUUCCACUCUACCUACAACCACUGGCAUGUCUUCGGCCUUCGUCAUGCCGUUGAAUCUGAUGUUUCCACCCCCGCCGCAACCUCCUCGGGCCCCUCUAGUCUGGCUCGCAAUUCUCCGCGUACCGAAUCCCGUCCCCCGUUUCGUCAUCAUUGGAGGAGCAGCUUAAGCGAGUCCAGCAGCGAAUUAUCGCUGUCUCGUAUCGAUCAUGAGCCGAUAUGGAUCCCGGUCGUCGCCCGUGUUUCGUCCCACGUUGUCAGACUCGAGCGCGAAUUUCAUAUGCUACGGUCGAUUGUGCAAACUUCGGACCCAGAUUGCAACCACACAAUACGGCCGAUUGAUCUGAUACGACUGCCGCCAGACCCCGGAGAUUCGGGCACUCUGCUCGUAGCUCUCUUCGAAUCGCCCGGUCCGAACAUGCUGCGGGAGAUGGUCGCUUUUGGACCCGCUUGGUUUGCAGUUGGCGGCAGGACCGACAGCAACGAGCCCACACCCGGAGAGCAGGUAUCUCUUUCGGUAUUUCUAGACUUUGCGAUUGGGGCAUGUGAUUGUUUGGAACUUCUGCAUUACGGCCUCAAAACCGUCCAUGGUGAAAUUCGGGGAGAUGCCUUCCACUUUAACCGGGAGGCCCGUUCGGUGAAGCUGACCAACACUGGCAAUGGCGCUCGGUCAUUCGACAAUAUCUUGAGCGAGGGCUGGUCGUCGCUCUCGAGGGAAUUAGGCGUCAAGAACAAGCUGCAAUUCAUCGCACCAGAGCAGACGGGGAGAAUGCCAACAGAACCGGACAGCCGGACAGAUAUCUAUGCGCUUGGCGUGCUCUUCUGGACUAUGCUGGUGGGCAAACCGGCUUUCACCGGCAGCGAUCCCGUCGAAGUUGUGCAGAACGUUCUCGGAAAGAAGUUAGUCCCCGUUUCAGCGAAGAGGAUGGAUGUUCCGGAUGCCGUAUCAGCUGUCAUCCAAAAGAUGACGCAGAAGGCUGUCAAUGAGCGUUACCAUACGAUUUCUUCCGUUAAGCGAGACCUAGCGCAGAUUUCCCAGUUACUUGGAGAUGGUGAUAGCGAGGCCUUGAAGGACUUCCAGAUCGCACAGCGGGAUGUCUCAUCUUUCUUCACUCUUCCGUCUCGCAUGUUUGGACGACGUGAAGAAUACGACAAGAUUAUUAGUGUUGUGGAAAAGGUUCACAGGCGCCAACAAUCUGCCUAUGCGAGAGCUGGCGCGCAAGCUUCUAGUGGAGUGGGCUCGAACUCAUCCGCAUCCGACGGCCGAGUUGACAGCUUUGAGAUCGCGUCGGGCUCAAGCGACUCGGGUUCAUUCCAUCUCGCUCACAAAACUACUAAUGGCGGCCCUCUAGGUCGGGUCUCUACGCAUGAGUCCCUGCAUAGCACGGAGUCUUCCCUUUCAACUCCGAAGCCGGGAAAUGCCUCUGGCAAGCUCAAGAGUCCGGUGGAAUCACGCGCAUCCUGGGAUAUUGCUGACCGAGAUAGCCACCCUUCGAUGGGCACAAGCACGCAAAGUCAUGGAGAGUCGAUCACUUCUGUCACUCGACCUAAAGCUGCCAACAAAGCACGUCGGAUCGGAAAAUGUGAGAUUAUCGCCAUUAGCGGCGCGGCUGGUAUCGGCAAAACCGAUCUUGUAAACCGAGUUCAACCGACGAUACGUAAACUUGGGUACAUUGGCAUAGCUCGUCUGGACCGAGCUAGGCGAGUUCCCUUUGAGCCUUUUGCGAAGAUCUUGGCUAGCCUUCUCCGUCAAAUAUUCUCGGAACGUGAUGUCACCACUGACUAUCAUAACAAUGUCCGCACGGCGCUACGACCCAUGUGGCCGACCUUGCAUCGAGUCCUCGAGCUUCCGGAACAGCUCAUGUCAUCUGGUAACAAAGAUAAGCAGAUCUCACCUAGGCUUUCUGCAGCGCAACAUAUAUUCAAAGAUGUCUCAACCAAAGGAGAACCGUCCAAGCGCGUAGCGAUGCCUCGUCUUGAUGACGGGCAAAGCUCGGUCGACUUUUUUCUGUCUAAUGCAGCACUGAAGAACAUGCGAUUGAUGGAGACAUUUUUGGAGAUUCUGAAAACUCUAUCGCAGUACAGGGUGAUUUGUGCAUGUGUGGAUGACCUGCAAUAUGCCGAUGACGAAACCCUGGAAUUGAUUAUGAACAUUGUGAAAGCCAAGCUAUCUUGUGUGCUUAUUCUCACGAGCCGACAGUCGGAACUCGAGUCAGAUGCCAUCAAGUCCCUUUUCGAAGCCGAAGAUCCUAAUGUGACCCGAAUUGUGCUGAAGCCCCUCGGAGAAGAAGAGAUCAUGCAAGUUGUAGCGGCCACGAUGCACCAAGCUCCAAACCCAACAUUAACGCCACUCGCAGCCGUGAUCCAAGAGAAGAGCAUGGGCAACCCGUUCUUCGUGCGAAUGAUGUUGGAGACUUGCUAUAGCAAAAAUUGCAUCUGGUAUUCCUGGAAAAACUCUACCUGGGAGUUUGACUUGGAUCGUAUUUUCACCGAAUUCGUGGCACCUAGGUAUGGAGAGGGCCUGGGACUUGGCUUUAUUGCUCGGCGUCUUCAAGAAACCCCUACAGCGGCAAGGUCCAUCAUGGUCUGGGGAGCGUUGUUGGGAAGCCCGUUUGCCUUCUCGUUGGUCCAAAAGCUUCUUACAAGCGAGUUUCUAUUCUCGAGCGAUGACGACGAAACUGUUGAUUUGACAUGCCCUCAGAAUGCGAACCUGAUUCGACAGUCCGAGGCCGACAUUAUUGUUGGGCUGCAGUAUCUUGUCCAAGCCAACCUUAUAAUUCCCGGGAAAACGGACGAUGAAUUCAGGUUUGUAAAUGAUCGGUUCUCACAAGCCGCAUUAUCAUUGACUGAGGGUCGAAACGUUGAGAAAAUGCAUUUCAUCAUAUCUCAAGCCAUGAUGAAAUACUAUCAUGACGGACGCAGUCGAUAUGCCUUGGCGCGGCAUGUGGCUCUCGCGUCGCGAAUCAUCAAGUCUCGUGUUGUCGAAAGACUGGAAUACAGAAAGAUUCUCUGGGAUGCAGCUCAGACUGCAGCUCAGUCAGGCGCUCGACCGACUGCGCUCUGGUACUUCCGCCAUUGUAUCGCAUUCCUCCAGGACGAUCCUUGGAAUGAUAAUAACACGGAUGUUUACUACCAUGAGACCUUGCGUCUGCACAUUGCCACUGCCGAGAUGUCAUGGUCUCAAGGACAUAACACCGAAGCCCUGGAUCUUCUGGACAAGGUGUUCGAGCAUGGAAAAAGUGCCGUUUGCAAGUCAAGGGCUUGGAUUGUGAAGGCAAAAAUCUACGCUCAAAUGGGAAACCAUCUCCGCUCCAUGGAUUCGCUUCUGACAUGUCUUGAUGAGUUAGGGGUCCAUCUUCGGGAGCCAACCACAUACGAACAAUGCGAUACUGCAUACAAAAGUCUUAGCGAAUAUCUCGGCAAGAUGGACUUGGAUGUCAUUGUUCGGAAACCUAUCAGCAAAGACAUCAACAUGAUAACCAUCGGAGCAGUGAUGGCUGAGGCGAUGUCCGUCACCUACUGGGAUGAUGGCUUGACGUUCUACCGAAUGGCAAUAGAGAUGAUAAAUCUUCAUUUGUUCAAAGGUGGCUUCGUGCAGAUCUCAAUAGGCUGCUCCCAUCUUGCCAUGAUUUCCUUCAGUCGUUUCCGCGAUCUGGACCUUGCUGUCAAACUCAGUGACCAUGCGCUCAGUCUCCUUGAGCGCUGCCCAGAGCCAUGGACCCAAGGUCGGGGCCUGAUCGUUCAUAAUCUUUAUGUUGCUCACUUGCGGGUGCCGUUGUCAGCUACGCUUCCUGUUCUUGAAACCUCGGUGGAGACUUCGUUCUCAAUGGGUGACCCCUACAUCACUUUGAUCAGUCUCUCCUCGAUGGCAAUGACGCGGCUGUUCCUGGGCCACGAUAUGGCUCAGGUUGAGGCUUUCUGUAAUGAAAGCCCCGAGGAUAUACCUGACUGGGUAAAUGAUACUCGUGGGGGUGCCACUCUUCUCGCAGUACGACAAGUUGCGCGUGCGCUGCAAGGGAAGACAUCCUGCCGGUUCGCUGACACUGUCAUGUCUGACGAGCAUCAUCAUACCAAUGAAUAUAUCGCUUUCCUGGAUAAUAACGCCAGCAAUGCCGAUCGCCCGCGGGACAUUUACUGGGGUUUAGCAAUGAUUCCUUUGUUCGCUUACGGCCACCAUACCCGGGCUAUAGAGGUUGGCAUGCAGAUGAUGGAUACGAUGCCUAGGUUGUGGUCUGCUCGUGUCUCUUAUGUCGUCUAUUUCUACCUUGCGCUCUCCCUUCUGACGCUCCACAACGACUACCCUGCACGUGGGUAUCUUGAUGGAGGGUUGAAGACGGUGCUGAAGUACAAAGCAGAGGUGGAUUUCGCACGGAGUGCUUGCGAUGCGAACUAUGGCAUGUGGUCACUGAUUCUGGAGGCUUUGAUUUGCGAAGUCCGAAACGACCACACCUCUGCCAUUCAGGCUUUUGAGGCUGCUAUUGACCACUGCCAGAUCCAUGGAUGGCCAUUGGAGGAAGCCCUUGCCCUUGAGCUGCACGGUGAAUUCCUGAUCCGACGUGGUGCAAAGAGAGCGGCACGCUCAGUGAUGCAGGAUGCGAUCGCCGCCUGGGCAGCAGUCAGCGCUGUGGGUAAAGCAGCCCAACUGACCGAAAAGCACGAGUGGCUACUGAAAACCGCGACAUCUUCGAGAAAUGUUGACGUCGGGUGCCAGACUGUUGAUUCACUCCUUGGAAUCAACCGCAAUUCAGGACAGGAACAUAUUGGUGUGAAUCCGAAGAUGGAAGAAGAUGAUCGGAAACAGCGCUGGCUAGAACAGAACGGCGUCACGACUGGUGAGCGGUCAUUGGACAUCUCGGGUGUCGGUCUCGAUAUAAUUGAUCUCUCGAGUAUUCUUGAGUCGAGCCAAGUGAUGUCGUCUGAGCUCCAGAUCGACAAACUCUUGACUAAAAUGAUCGAAAUUGUCCUAGAAGCGUGCAACGGUUCGGACUCAGCUCUGAUUGCGACGAACUUCGAUAACAAUUUCACCGUAGCUGCAACUGGCGAUAUGGAAAAGGGCCAAAAGUCUUAUGUCGACGGUCUUCCAUUCUCGUCAAUUGAGGACAAAAUGGCCCAUCAGAUCUCCCACUAUGUCAUGCGUACCCGAGAGGAGGUCCUCGUCCACAACGUUCUUGAGGAUGAACGAUUCUCCAACGUUAGCGAAGCUUAUCAGACAAGAUAUCCCAUGGGAAGAUCGGUCAUUGCAUUGCCAAUAAUGCAAGCCGAAAAUCUUCUUGGUGUCAUCCACAUCGAAGGGAAACCAAACUCCUUUACCCAACGCAAUGUGGUCGUGCUUCACUUGCUGUGCAAUCAGAUCGGCAUCUCCUUGUCCAAUGCAUUACUCUUCCGUGAGGUUCGCAAAGUCAGUGCCACCAACGCAUCGAUGGUUGAAGCGCAAAAGCGCGCGCUAGCCCAAGCUCGAGAGGCGGAGCAGAAGGCCAAGGUGGCAGAAGCCGAAGCGAAGCACAAUGUGAAACUCAAAGAAGAUGCAGCCAAGGCUAAAUCCAUCUUCCUUGCGAAUAUCUCCCAUGAUUUGCGCACUCCGAUGAACGGUGUGAUCGGUCUCUCCGAACUUCUCAAGAGUACUCGAUUGGAUAAAGAGCAAGAUGAAUACGUCGAGUCGAUUCGUGUAUGCGCCGAUACUCUGCUGACCCUCAUCAACGACAUCCUCGACUUCUCGAAGCUUGAAGCUGGAAAGAUGAAGAUCUCCACUGUCCCCCUCAAUAUCCGAGAAACGAUCUCGGAGGUUGUCCGCGCGCUUCGUUAUACGCACCGCGACCGAGGCUUGGAGACCAUCGAGGACUUGGACAAGGUCCCACCAGAACUUGUCGUCCUUGGUGAUCCUGUUCGGCUGCACCAGAUCUUCAUGAAUCUGCUAAGCAAUAGCUACAAGUUUACGCCCAAAGGAUCUGUGACCGUGCGGGCCCGGGUGUCGCGAGAAGGCAAAGGGCGCAUCCGUUUGGAGUGCUCGGUGUCGGACACCGGCAUCGGUAUCUCUGAGGAGCAGAAGUCGCGACUCUUCCGACCUUUCUCUCAAGCAGACAACUCGACCGCAAGAUCAUACGGAGGUAGUGGGCUCGGGUUGAGCAUCUGCAAAGCGAUCAUCGAAGACGUCCUGGGAGGAGCGAUCUGGCUCGAUUCCACGUCCGGCGUCGGCACCACAGUCACAUUCCAUCUGUCUUUCAACAAAGUGAAGGAUGCUUCUAGUAAAGGUCUACGUUCGAAGCUCCCCAGCCCCGACGGGGAGAAGGCGUCUUCCCCCAAGCCCACUGCUCGUGAUCUGAGCAUGGUCCCCCGCGAUCAGAUCCGGGUGUGCAUUGCCGAAGACAACCCGAUCAACCAGAAGAUCGCCGUCAAAUUCGUGACCGGCCUCAAUCUGCAGUGCGAAGCCUACAGCGACGGCCGGCAGGCGGUCGAGGCUCUCCGGGCCCGCUCCCGGGAAGGCAACCCCUUCCACGUGGUCCUCAUGGAUGUGCAGAUGCCCACCCUGGAUGGAUACAACGCGACGCGCGAGAUUCGCAAAGACCCGGACCCCAAUGUCAACGAGGCCCUGGUCAUCGCGAUGACCGCCAGCGCCAUCGAGGGCGACCGGGAGAAAUGCAUCGACGCCGGCAUGAACAACUACCUCCCGAAGCCGGUCCGAUCCACCAUCCUGGCCGAGAUGCUCGACCAGUACCUCGCCCCGGUCCCCGCCUACACGCGCACUCGCAUGACGAAUCGCGGGAGCGGGAGCGUGAAUACCGACGCCGGCACGCCGCCACUCAGCAACAGCUCCUCGACGCCCCAGUCCCAAACCUCUAGUCCAGUCAUCGCACUCACGCCCGAGGAGGAAAAACCACUUGCCCCCAGCAACAGCAACAGCACCUGAACAGCAACAAGGCAUUCGAGGAAAAAUUGCAACAUUUUGCAGGAAUUCUCGGAAGUCUCUUCUUUUCUUCUUCUGUUUCCCUUGCCACCCCCGCUUGUUUGCGUGUUUGAGAUACCACAUCUGUAUAAAUUGGAGUUCUUCCCCCCAUCUUUUUUUUCUCUCUUCUAUUCCUUCAUCUAUUUGUCUUCAUUCGUUC